AUUUACUCUGUUCUCCGCUUGCUUUCAGGUGUUCAAGGACUUUUAUAAAAUCCGUAAUAAAUAAACGAUAGUGCCCUUAGAGUUGAUAAUAAUAAGCGUGUCUGUGUUGUGUAGCGCUAAGAGCAAGUGUAACUGUAAGAGUCUGUAUACAUGUUUCCUCUUCACUAAAAUGACGACCCCGAUCUGCCGUUGCCGUGUUCUUUACCUAGGUUCCGCGGUACCCCACAUUACCAAGGAUGGGUUACAAGGAAUACAGGAGCCGCUACGGGAUUUGUAUCCGGGCCAGGGUCCGCUCACCGCCAAAGGAAUUGACUCUUGGUUAAGUGUCUGGAGCAACGGUUUGCUCUUAGAAAACGUUGACGAGUCCAAUCGCCCCAUUACUAGAUUUUUCGCGAUCGAAUCUCUACAUUACUGUGCCGCUGUUCGAAACGUUGUUCUACCCGAUAAAGGUGGAGAAAAAGUCGAAAAAUUCCUUCCUCUAGAUAGCCCCUUUGUUCGACAUGCAAACCCUAACCACCCACCGUUGUUCGCAUGCAUCCUCCGACGCAUCACUGGUAUAAAGGUUUUGGAGUGCCACGGUUUCAUAUGCAAGAAAGAUGCCGCUGCUAAUGCUUUGGUCCGCUGUUGUUUCCAUGCUUAUGCCGACAAUGUACAAGCUCGGCAGCUGGAGGAAAAUCCUUACUACCUAGAGACACGCAGAAGCCGCUCUAUCUCUGGACUGGACGCAGUCCAGAAGGUGGAAGACUGGCGCCACGACGCGCUUGGUGACGAUCACGUAUAUGGUCCCGAAUCUAAACAAGGGACCAUCUCGCGAGCUGCUGCAGCCAACGGGGAGAACUACAAAGUGUGGUUGGGAGCAGCACCAACAGAACAGGAAGUGAUGUACUUCGACAGCACUGGCAGUAUCCGCAGCGCUAGGUCAUUAGGGGUCGGGUCCACCAGAUCCCUUCAACCCCGAAAGAUGCCUUUCCCGCCUCUUCCUCCGCUGCCGCCUCACAAUCUAGCUCCGAUAUCGGGUAAAGAAAGUAAAAGUAAAGCUAAAGCAGAAAAACUACUGAAACUAAAAAAGAAGGGAAAAGGACAGGAGGUAGGAACGGUUAUAACAAAUGGAAUGCCGCAUGGACCUCCUCUUAUGACCGUUCCAUCGAAGACUUUAUAUGCCGGUUCGGGCUUGUACACAGAGCGGAGGGGAAAAAAGGGGGAACGUAUCCCCAUCCUGCCGAUUGAAGAGCCUGUAUACAUGCCUUCAGCUAGGCCAAUCACUCCUACGGCAUCUUACCAGCCAGGGGUGUUCCCGCACGAGAGUUAUCUCUUUCAGAACUAUGGUACAUCUUCAAGACCACCUAAAGGAACACACAGAAAAAAGAGCGAAGAAAAAGGGAAGAUUUCUUCAGAGCCCGAAUCCCCUUUCAAUACCGGAAUCUACCGCAAGAAAGGUCACAUUAACGAAAGGGCUUUCUCUUUCUCCAUCCGGCAAGAACACCGCUCCAGGUCCAUUAGCCUAGCCAAUCUCCACUUCUUCUCUAGUAGUUCUGGAGAUGGCAAUGAACCUAACGGGGAGUCUUCGGGAUCAUUCCAAAACAGAGACAAGAAAGAGUUAGAGCUAGUACAGCUCGUAAAAGAUUUGAAUCUGAAGGAGAACGGACAUGAAAAUAUGAAUGGACAAAGCAAUUUCAUUCGUAAGAAAACCCCCAACUAUCUAAGAUGAGGUGUCUGUCGGAGAAAGUAUCAGUACGACACGUGAAGGACAAUUCAGCCGACGAUUGACUGUAAUGCCAAAAUUGUAGUAUAUUACUACUUACAAAAGUGCUGGUCAAGUAAACACCAAGUGGACCUGUUGGGCAUCUUUUGGCCAUAUACUACGACUGACGUCUAAAAGCAUUUUAUUACUUAUAUCCAAAGCUAUCGCCCUGCUCGUGACGUAAUAUUAGAAGCUCUUUAGAAGUAAUGUUUAAUUAAAAAUCACAAACAAGAGACAUAUAUAUAGACUUGAGACAGAAACGGCACCUGUUCAUUAGUUACAGGUGCUAUUUAAACAUGCCCCCCCAGUGGCACAGUGGUAUGUCUGCGGACUUACAACGCUAGAAACCAGAUUUCGAUACCCGUGAUGGGCAGAGCACAGAUAGCCCAUUGUGCAACUUUGUGCAUAACUUCAAACAAACAAACAAAUAUUGUUUAAACAUACAAUGUGAUGGAUAAAACCACUUAAAAGUUUUAAGUUGUUCAUUAUUUGUUACAUUUUCUUUGAUUUUUAAAAAACUAUGAUCUUGAUCGCUACUCGAACAGUGCAAAUAUUUGUAUUUUAUCAGAAGCAGAAAGGUGGAAGCAAUUUGCUCAGGAAAGAUGUUAGAUAACAAGGACAUCACUUGUUUUGUUCCCAAGAAUUAUUGCCAGCAAAGGUUCUGCAGGUUUUGACCACAAAACUU